AUGGCAGAAGGUGAUGCUAUAAGCGCUAAUGAUUUCUACGUAAGAUACUACGUAGGCCAUAAGGGUAAGUUCGGCCACGAAUUCUUGGAGUUCGAAUUCCGGCCGAAUGGACAACUUCGAUAUGCCAAUAACUCCAACUACAAAAACGACACCAUCAUUCGAAAGGAGGCCUUCAUCUCGCCUGCUGUUCUUCAAGAGCUGAAGAGGAUUGUUGAGGAUUCGGAAAUUAUGCAGGUUCGUGUGAUCACAUUUGAGUUGUCUCUUGACGAUGCUUGUCAAUAA